CGCACGCCGAACGAAAGACCAAACCAAAACGAAGAGAGUGACAAAGGUAAAGGAGGAGAUGGCGGACCCGAAACCAAGGCGACUGAAGGGUCACAAGGCCACCGCCACGUGCUGCAUCGCCUCAGCCGCUACACCCGGCCUCGUCGCCACCUCCGGCGAGGAUGGCUGCGUUUGCUGGUUCGAUAUGCGAUGCAAAGAUGCGAUUGAUAUUAUGGAGGUGGGAGAGGAACCCAUUUCAUCCUUAUGUUUCAGGCCGGGAAAUGAAAAUAUGAUAUAUGUUGCAUCCGGGAAGCAAGUCAAGAGCUUUGAUGUCCGUCUGGGGAGUUCAUGCUCGUGGAAGCCCCUGGAGAGCUUUGAUUAUAACAAAGAAGAGAUAAAUCAGAUUGCAUGCAGCUCUAAGUCCUCUUUUCUUGCUGCUCCCGAUGACGGCGGUGAAAUUAAGAUUAUUGACAUUCGCCAGAAACGAAUUUACAAAACAUUAAGAGAUGGCCAUACAAGUAUUUGUAGCACCGUGCAAUUCCUUCCUUGGAAACCUUGGGAAGUUAUCACGGGAGGUCUUGAUUCAAAGCUUGUAAUGUGGGAUUUCUCCAAGGGGCGCCCGAACAAAAUUAUGAAUUUUGAUUUGCCUGAUGCAAAUAAUGGCGAGGCCAAGGAACAGUGUUUUAAUCCUGCUUUUGUUCAUUCAAUAGCAGUUCCAGAAAUGGAUAUGUUAGACAAAUCAGACAAGGUUUGCAUUGUGGCUAGGGGUGAUGGUGCAGUUGAUGUAAUUAAUAUAGAAGCUGAACUUGCUCCCUUGAGGUCACAAGGUUCUAAAAAACCUCAGAAAGGAUCUCAAUCAAGAUCGAAAGGUACUGAUCUAGAAAACCCAGAUCGAGAAGGAAGGAAAAGGUUGCAUUUGGAUUACUUAUCCGGCGGUCACACUGCUGCUGUCUCUUGUGUGGCAUUUUCGUUAUUUGGAGAUAGAGGAAGAUUUAUAAUAUCAGGUGGAAAUGAUAAGUUGGUAAAGGUCUGGGAUUGGACCAAGUGUCUUGAUGAAGGUAGCAGCAGCGAUCUUCUACAGUUGAAUAUCAACCACAGCAAAAAAGUCAACUGGCUCUGUACCACUCCGGCUGAUACGGAAAACCUAGUUGUUUGUGAUACAACAAAGGUGGUAAAGGUUUAUUCUUACAAGUUUAUGCAGAAGGGAGUUUUAGACAUGAGUCAUGACCUUGCAUUAGUGAUUCAGAACACCAUGGAAGUUGCAUGUUUCUAUCCGACUUUUGGAAAGGCUUCGACUUUGUCGAAAAUGAUGCAGUCCGUUGCUCCUCUAUGCAAUGCCUGCGGCGAGCAGGUGGGGCUUGAUGCUAAUGGGGAGAUUUUCGUGGCGUGCCACGAGUGUAAUUUCCCCGUUUGCAAGGCUUGUUUUGAUGAUGAUGUCAAGGCCGGGCGUAAAUUUUGCUUAAAGUGUGGCAUUCCCUAUGACGAUAGCUCGUUGGCGGACUAUGAAACAAAGGUGUCUGGCACUCGAUCCACAAUGGAAGCUCACCUGAAUAGUUCUCAGCAGGAUACCGGAAUUCAUGCUAGGCAUAUCAGCAGUGUGUCUACACUGGAUAGUGAAUUAAACGACGACUAUGGCAAUCCAAUUUGGAAGAACAGAGUGGAGAGUUGGAAGGAUAAGAAGGAUAAAAAGAGCAAGAAGAAAAAGGAUGCGCCUAAGGUGGAAAAAGAGGCUCAAAUUCCACCUGAGCAGCAGAUGACAGGGGAAUAUUCAUCAGAGGCUGCGGAACCACUUUCAACUGUCGUUCCACUUCCACCAAACAGAAUCACACCAUACAGAAUUGUAAUAAUUAUGCGAUUGAUCAUUCUUGCCCUUUUCUUCCAUUAUCGAGUAACAAAUCCUGUUGAUAGCGCUUAUGGUCUAUGGUUCACUUCUAUCAUAUGUGAGAUCUGGUUCGCUUUUUCUUGGGUGCUGGAUCAGUUUCCCAAGUGGUCUCCAGUUAAUCGGAUUACAUUUACUGAUAGGUUAUCUGCCAGGUUUGAAAGAGAGGGUGAACCCUCCGAGCUUGCUGCAGUGGAUUUCUUCGUGAGUACAGUUGAUCCGUUGAAAGAACCGCCCCUGAUCACUGCCAAUACCGUGCUUUCUAUCCUUGCCGUAGACUACCCCGUGGAUAAAGUUUCCUGCUAUGUGUCUGAUGAUGGUGCUGCCAUGCUUACUUUUGAAUCUCUUGCCGAGACAUCUGAAUUUGCAAGGAAGUGGGUACCAUUCUGCAAGAAUUUUUCGAUUGAACCACGUGCACCUGAGUUUUACUUCUCACAAAAGAUUGACUACUUGAAGGAUAAAGUGCAACCAUCUUUUGUGAAGGAGCGCAGAGCGAUGAAAAGAGAUUAUGAAGAAUUCAAAGUGCGAAUGAAUGCUUUAGUUGCAAAGGCUCAAAAAACACCAGAAGAAGGAUGGACUAUGCAAGACGGAACACCUUGGCCAGGAAAUAACCCACGGGACCAUCCCGGAAUGAUUCAGGUUUUCCUUGGACACAGUGGCGCUUAUGACAUCGAGGGAAAUGAACUUCCUCGAUUGGUUUACGUCUCGAGAGAGAAGAGACCCGGCUAUCCACAUCACAAGAAAGCUGGUGCCGAAAAUGCACUGGUAAGGGUGUCUGCAGUUCUCACAAAUGCCCCAUACAUCCUCAAUCUUGACUGCGAUCACUACGUUAACAACAGCCAGGCAAUUCGUGAGGCAAUGUGUUUCUUGAUGGACCCGCAAGUUGGUCGAGAAGUAUGCUAUGUGCAGUUUCCUCAGAGGUUCGAUGGCAUUGAUCGCAGUGAUCGAUAUGCCAACCGCAACACAGUUUUCUUUGAUGUUAACAUGAAAGGACUGGAUGGAAUUCAAGGUCCAGUAUAUGUGGGGACAGGAUGUUGUUUCAAUAGGCAAGCACUUUACGGCUACGGUCCUCCUUCUAUGCCCACCUUACCCAAGGCUGCUUCCUCAUCCUCCUGCUCAUGGUGUGGUUGCUGCCCCUCUAAGAAGCCGUCGAAAGAUCUGUCAGAGGCUUACCGAGAUGCAAAACGCGAGGAGCUUGAUGCUGCCAUAUUCAACCUCCGGGAGAUUGAGAACUAUGAUGAGUUUGAGAGGUCAAUGUUGAUCUCGCAGACGAGCUUUGAGAAAACUUUUGGGUUAUCAUCCGUAUUCAUAGAGUCUACAUUAAUGGAGAACGGAGGAGUGGCCGAAUCUUCCAACCCAUCAACGUUGAUCAAGGAGGCAAUUCAUGUCAUUAGCUGCGGUUAUGAAGAGAAGACCGCGUGGGGAAAAGAAAUUGGUUGGAUAUAUGGAUCAAUCACGGAGGAUAUCUUAACUGGUUUCAAGAUGCAUUGCCGUGGAUGGAGGUCAAUUUACUGCAUGCCCUUGAGGCCUGCAUUCAAAGGGUCAGCUCCCAUUAACCUUUCUGAUCGACUGCACCAAGUUCUUCGGUGGGCACUUGGUUCGGUGGAAAUUUUCCUCAGUAGACAUUGUCCUCUCUGGUAUGGAUUUGCAGGAGGCCGCCUCAAACUGCUUCAGAGAAUGGCAUAUAUCAACACCAUUGUUUACCCCUUCACAUCCCUCCCUCUCGUCGCUUACUGUACACUCCCUGCAAUAUGCCUUCUCACGGGAAAAUUCAUCAUCCCAACACUUACAAACCUGGCAAGUGCCCUGUUUCUUGGCCUCUUCAUCUCCAUCAUUGCUACAAGUGUGCUCGAGUUGCGGUGGAGUGGAGUCCGCAUUGAGGAUUUAUGGCGUAACGAGCAGUUCUGGGUGAUCGGAGGUGUUUCAGCCCAUCUCUUCGCCGUCUUCCAAGGUUUCUUAAAGAUGUUGGCCGGAAUUGACACCAACUUCACCGUCACAACCAAAUCAGCCGAGGACACAGAAUUUGGAGAGCUCUAUCUGAUCAAAUGGACCACACUUUUGAUUCCCCCCACUACACUCCUCAUUGUCAACAUGGUUGGUGUUGUAGCUGGAUUUUCGGAUGCCCUUAACAAGGGAUACGAAGCUUGGGGGCCACUUUUCGGGAAGGUUUUCUUCGCCUUCUGGGUGAUUCUUCAUCUCUAUCCCUUCCUCAAAGGUCUCAUGGGACGCCAAAACCGGACUCCAACCAUCGUUAUUUUGUGGUCAGUGCUCUUGGCCUCUGUCUUCUCUCUUGUUUGGGUGAAGAUAAAUCCCUUUGUGAGCAAAGUGGACAGCUCAACGCUUGCUCAAAGCUGCAUUUCCAUAGACUGCUGAGACAUUACCUGAAAGUUUUCCACGAUUUUGAAUUCGUUAUAGUUUGAAUGCGAGGAAAAACUCGAUUUCUGGGAAUCACAAGUGAGUUCUUUGUAGCUUAGAAAGAUUUGUAAUGAUUUUUUUUCCUUUUUCUUUUGGAUUUUGACAAUCAGUGUGUAAAGAUUUAAUCAUUGCUGUCCUACAAUAUCAGUGUAAGAAGAUGUUGUAACUGUCCCUUCCAAUUCCACAACCUAAAUCUUUACAUAACAUGUAUAAUUCCCAAUAGUAAACUACAAACUAUUUCUCGAAA